CAAAGCCUAAGUGGUACCUCCUCCUCUGCUCUUUUUUAUCUCUAGGUUAUGAUGUCGCAAAAUAAAGUUAUUUUAGAUAAUUCAAUUUCGGUUUAAUUUAUUUCUACUUAAUUGUCUCGAAAUUAAAGACAUUAUGUAAUAUAAACUGUUUAUUGACUUAUUUAUAUUUUUUUUAUUUUCGUGUGUAGUUAUGUGUCAUUUUUUGAUUUAUAAAUCAAAGUAAUAACAUUGAAACCUGAAAUGAAUUGUGCAAUAAGUGGUAAAAAGAUUUAAACUGGAGAUGGGAAAAGACCAGGAACUUUUGGAGGCUGCUAGAUGUGGCAAUUUAGCUGUUGUGGAGCGUAUAUUAAAUCAGCGAGCUAAAAAAACAGGACCACUUGCAAGUUUAAGACGAGGACCUGGUCCUAAUGUUCAAGAUAACAAUGGUUAUACCCCUUUACAUCAUGCUUGUUUGAAUGGCCAUGCUGAAAUUGUUAAGUUACUACUCAGUUUUGAAGCUUCAGCUAAUAUUGUUGAUCAUAAAGGCUGUACACCUUUACAUUUGGCAUCUUGGUCUGGAAAUACAGACAUAGUGGAAAUUCUUUUGACUCAAGGGCCAUCUUUCCCUAGUGUUAAUCAUAUGGUAAGAUAAACACAUAUUUUUACAGUUAUAAU